AUUUAUCCAGCAGCGCUCCUCCAUCUCCGUGAGAGAGAGAGAGAGAGAGAGAGAGAGAACGACAUGGGACGGGUGAUCCGAGCACAGCGCAAAGGUGCCGGGUCGGUGUUCAAGUCCCACACUCACCACAGGAAGGGACCAGCCAGAUUCCAUUCACUGGAUUUCGGCGAGCGCAAUGGGUACCUCAAGGGCGUGGUGAGCGAGGUGAUUCAUGACCCGGGUCGAGGCGCGCCGCUCGCACGAGUCACCUUCCGCCACCCUUUCCGCUACCAGCACCAGAAGGAGCUCUUCAUCGCCGCCGAGGGGAUGUACACCGGCCAGUUUGUGUACUGCGGUAAGAAGGCCUCUCUCAUUGUCGAAAAUGUGCUCCCUCUCAGAUCCAUCCCCGAAGGUGCUGUCGUCUACAACAUCGAGCACAAGGUCGGUGACCGCGGUGUAUUCGCUAGGUGCUCCGGUGAUUACGCAAUUGUCAUAAGUCACAACCCGGACAAUGGAACCACUAGGAUUAAAUUGCCGUCAGGAUCGAAGAAGAUUGUGCCGAGUGGGUGCCGUGCUAUGAUUGGUCAGGUUGCUGGAGGUGGGCGUACUGAGAAGCCACUCCUAAAAGCUGGUAAUGCUUAUCACAAGUUCAGGGUUAAGAGAAACUGCUGGCCCAAGGUUCAUGGUGUUGCCAUGAAUCCUGUGGAGCAUCCUCAUGGUGGUGGUAACCAUCAGCAUAUCGGUCAUGCCAGCACUGUCCGCCGUGAUGCACCCCCCGGCCAGAAGGUUGGUCUUAUUGCUGCCAGGAGAACUGGUCGUCUCCGUGGUCAAGCCGCAGCCACUGCUGCUAAAUCUGACAAGGGUGCUUAAAUUCAAUUUUAUUGUAUUAGUUAUGUAAAAGUUGAGUUUCGAUCUCUGCUGUUUUUAUCUUCCUUUUUGUUUUCUGGCAUAUACCCCAACCUUACUGGAAUUUAACAGUAAAUUUUGGUUUAGUGAAUUUUGUUUGAAGUUGAGCUUGAA